AUACUCAGUACGCGUGGUCCACAAACGCUAGCGGACUUGUAGCGGAAGGACAAAGACCGAGUUCGAUCUGAGCCGUAUGAGCUGUGCAACGGACAGUAUAAGACCUGGGUCAUGUUCUGCAUGUUCUACGUACAACACCGCUCUGCCGCCUUCCAACGAGUACCCUAGCUCAACAUCAGCCCGAGAUGGCAGCCCAGCAACAGAGCCUCAGUCAGUGGGUGACAGAGCUGAACAACACUCUGUUUAUUCAACCAAAUGAUGAAAUCGCGCUCAAGGCCGUACAUGAGCAAGUUGAUUCAAGUUUAGUAGUCAAGAUUAACCAUCACGUCUACCGAUACGACCAAUUUCUACCCGGCCUUCAAUACGCGCGCGGAACAACUACAUCAAUCCAGGACACCUUUUCUGUGCUACUUGAAUGGGAGAAUCCAGACCGUCCUGACGGCGUAGUGGCAGUUCUCAGCAAAUGGACAACCAAGGACAAGACAACCGGCGCCGAGACGCAAAAGACCAAUGUGAUUAUCUGGGAGGUUAAGUGGAUUGACGGGAGGAGAAAGCUCACCGGACAAACCGAGGUCGAGACAACAUGAUCUUGAUUGGGAACAGGGUCAGAUUAGCGCAGGCCUUUCGAGAAGUCUUACGCGUAGAUACAACUCGAAGCUGGUCAGGAGAAGUCGACUGUAGCGGGUAUUGCAACAAGGAGUGCUUCAUAGCUCGUUUCGUGUAGUCAAACGCUUUGCUUUCUUCUGAUUGUGCCAGAGUCUGCAAAGGAAUUCGGUAACUAGAUCAAGGCAAUACAAGUAGUUACAACGUUAAGUGCAAGCGUAGUGUCUAAAUUGCGGUAUCUGGCAGAUAAUGCCUGAAAUCUCCUGCUCAACGGGCUACUGC